AUGCACGUCUUUCCGUUUCCGCUGCCUGGCGUCCGGCCCUGCAGUGGCGGGGCGCUCAUCUCUCAUGAAUACCACACCUAUCAAUUGGCAGGAGCCUCAGUCACUGCCUGCAGCUUAAAUCGCGCUUCCGCCCGCCGUCUCCUUGUCAGCUUAGUUAGUCAGCUCUCUUCAAUGCAGAAGCACGUAUCCCAGCAUAAUAGACCUCUGAAGUCAGAUGGUGCGUCUAUCUCAGAUAUGGACUCUUGUAAGGCCCAUUCUUCAGUUGGGGACAUCCUUCUCCCAUUACCAGCACUGGCUUCCAGCCUAGUUGAUACCAAUAACCUUGACGGUAGCAUGUGUAAAAAGGAACUAGCUGAAAGCAAGACACUUUUGGCUACACGAAGGUCUAGAUUGCAUGGCGAGCGUACGCUUGUCAGUCUAGUUACUGGAGAUCAUGCUCCAGCCGUCUGGGUUCAGGCUGCCUUCAAGUUGGUCUGUCUGAUCAGGCAAUUUAAGCUGAUCUAUUCAUCGAAUAUGACCCAAAAACCUGGCCGUGUCGGGUUGUCGGGAUUGCAUAAGUCACCUUCGGUGUCGGUUCCUUCCGCCGAUCCACUCUCUUUUGAUCUAUUUUCAACCAGUUCCGAUGACAAUAUUGACGCCCUUUUCGCGCCUGGACAGAUUCUGACUGAAUUGAAGCUCGCCAUCCCACAGACUGGAGUGCGUGUAUUUGAACUUCUUUGCCGCAGCCUAUCAGGCAUUUUGCUACUUCACAUACCCUCCAAGCAGCUGAUUAGUCACUGCGUCGGUCUUCUUGCUUUCCGCUUCUGCUGCAUCAUCUUAUCAUUUUACUGCUGUCAUUUCUUCUUACCGAUACUUUCAUUCCCUCUUACCUGCCCAUCCGCUCUUUCUUCCUUCAUUUUUGGGAUACCGGUUCUCCUUGGAUUUCUAUUUCGUUUUCGAUUCUCAGCUGAAGACUGCCUCUCUUCUGCCGCUGGACAGUCUGACCACCUUCUUGAUAUGAUAGUCGCUUUGCCUCAUCUCGACCGUCUAUUGGCUCCUAUGUUCUGUCCGCCAAGACCCUCAGUUCCUAACCCCCAGAUUGAUGCCUCUCAUUCAACUUCGUGUGAGGUUGCUACUGGUCCCCUUAAUGGCUUUGAUGCUGAUAGUGGUCGAAAGGAUUCCAUUCAAGAGUUUGAUGGACCAAUCACACUGAAGCAUUUAUCGGCAUUCUAUCGGCGUCUAAUAGAUAUCAAUCAACGCUGCGGCCCCAUGGUUUCGCUCACUCUGAUCGAAACGGUAAAUUUGGCGGAUUGGUUCCAUUCGUCUAACUCAGACAAACGACUUUGUAACGAAGGCGCUAUUGGCUCUUCUUGUUGGCCUCUUACUCAAUGUCUUGACGUAAUAGAUAGUCUGAUAUACUGCUUGGACCUGGUGCUAGUUAUUUCUUCAAGAUCUGAUGAUGCACUACCUGGAAGCGACCUUGGGCUCGACUUUGGCCAUGCAACCUUAGGUGACAAGUUGCCCUACUUAAAUUCAGCUCCGCCUAAAUAUUCCCGACCUAGACUGUCUUUAUCCCCCACCGAAAGGAAUAAUCAGUCUCGCACCUCUCUUGCCUCAUCUGCCAAAUUCUCUUCUGAGAGUAAAAGAGGUGUCAAUAUAGCAGAUUCUGAUAGCAAAGAAGAUGCUGAAAAACUUGAAGUGAUGGCAAAAGAUGAGCUGAUUAAGACGAAAGCUCGACUUAAUGAGGUAAUUUCCUCAAUUUAUUGGGUUUAUAUCAACGUAAUUUCCUGUCUGGCUCACAGCCUAUUUGAGUCCAAAAAGAAUAUAUUAAACUGA